AGCUGUUUCUCGUGUGUGAUUGUUUUGAAAAAUUAGAGAAAAAAAUUUAGAAAGCAAAAAACUGAAUUUGCUUUGCCACAAAAAAAUGUCGAUUUGUCUGAGAACAAUGCCCAGGCACGGGCUUGCGACGUGGAUGUCAGUCCGGAAUCAAGGCACAGUCAUUUUAACUGCAAAAAUGCACAAUUUGACACAACAAGAGCCGCAACCUAAAUUAAGUGUGCCACCAUCUUCAGUUUUACGACGACCGGAACAGUUGAACCCGAUUUUGGUUAAAAAUUUGUUGCAACAAAAACAAAAACUACAAGAACAGACGCUAAAAUGCAAGGAAACAGACAAAGUAAAUUUCAAACCAACGUCGCCGCUUGGCAAUGACGCGAAUUAUGGACGCCCAGAUCCGGGAGAUUUAGAUAAAGUUUUCAAUACACUCAGUCAAUCGCUGCCUGACAUGUUUCUCAAACCGAUGGAUUACUCGAUUUAUAAUCCUAACCUCAUUUUUGAGGAUAAUAUUGCGGGACGGAGCUCAGUCGGAAUCUAUCCCUACGUCAAAACGGUCUCUCUUCUUCGAGUUAUGGGACAUUUAAAAUACGCUUAUGUCAAAAUGGAAAUACUUAAAAUCACGCAGCAUCCCGAAGAAGGCAUCAUCAGGUGUCGUUGGCGAGUGGUUGGCGUCUCCGGACUAAAAGUCAUGCUAAAAUUCUGGAAAUUCAAGCUCUGGAAGAUGCGAAAGGGCGAAGGAAAGAAAGUUCUAGAGAGCCAAGAAACUUGGUACGACGGAUUUUCGACAUUUUUCGUGGGCGCUGACGGAAAAAUUUACAAACACAUUGCGGACAAGGUGAUGCCAGAUGAGGACAAAGAGCCCGUAGUUGUGGGAAAUACAAAGGUGACGGGACCAGCUGCUGCUGCUGCAUUAUGUGUGAAACUUUCGACGACGACAACGGCCAUUGGACCAGUUUUGGGUCAAAUAACGCAGUAAAUGGAAAUAUUGGAAAAAUUAUAGUUUCAGGUAGUCGUCGCUUUGUUAUUUUGCAGAAAAAAUAAAGAUGUCGUAAAAAAGUAUAAAAUAAU